CGCAACCAGCAGAGAAUGGACAGCACUACAAUGAAUCAGGACAUACGCAUAGUUUUGGUUGGUAAAACAGGAGUUGGCAAGAGCGCUACAGGAAAUACCAUUCUUGGUGACAGGAUUUUUGUGUCAGAGUCAAGAGCUUCAUCAAUCACUAAACAGUGUGAAUAUGGAUCCCGGAUGAUAAACGGAAGGCAGGUUUGUGUUGUGGACACUCCUGGUCUAUAUGACACACAACUGUCCAAUGAACAAGUCCUAAAUGAGAUUAUGAAUUGCAUUAGACUUGCAGCUCCGGGUCCUCAUGUCUUUCUUCUUGUAAUUGCCAUUGGGCGCUUCACUGAAGAAGAGAGACACAUCGUUGGAUUGAUUCACACAGCCUUUGGCCAAGAAGUGCACGGACACAUGAUGGUCUUGUUCACCAGGGCAGAUGAUCUUGAAGAAAGGACAUUUGAAGAUUACAUUAAGGAGGCACCAGAGCUUAAAAAAGUGAUAAAUGCAUGUGAAGGGAAUUACCAUGUAUUCAACAAUAGAGAGAAGUCAAACCGUACACAAGUUGAUGAGUUCAUGGUGAAGAUUGAAGCCAUGCUAAAACAGAAUCAUAACAGCUACUACAGCAACCAACUUUUUAAAUUAGCUUAUGAACUCAAAGGUGCUGAAAGAAACAUAAAGGAAAAGGACAAAAUUAUUAAUGAGCUGAGAAUAGCAUUAGAAAACAAAACAGCCAACAUGCAGCAUACUAAGUCAUUUUGCAGCAUACUAUAGUAUACUUGAGUAUAUAUUGUCAGCAUUUCAUAAAAUGAAUAAACGGGGCACUACAAAAUGCACAAGUCAUAAGAGAAACAUUACAUCAAUAUUAUAUUCUAACAAUUCAUGUCUUUUAACAUUUUUUUAAAAACAUGUACACUUUGUUUAUUUAAUUAUCUGAUUAAAGAUGCCCAGAUAAUCUGCUUAAAUCACCAGGAAUUUGGUUGGGGUUACAAGUUUACAGAUUCUGUAUUAUAAAAGGAUAUAUUUGUGGAAUAUAUAGAAAUUUGUGCUCUGCAUUUCACUCAAUCAAGUGCACACACAAAGCAGUGAGCAGUGAACAAACACACACAUAGUGGGCAGCCAUUUUUUGCUGCAGCGCCCAGAAAAGCUGUUGGGAGCUUGUUGCCUUGCUCAAGGGUCUCACUCUGCUAUAUUUUAGGUUUUCAUUUAAUAUUUCUAUUCAUUAUUAUUAUUAGUAGUAGUAGUAGUAGCAAUCUACUACCACCACUA